GCAGGCAGGCGGGUGAGCGAGAGGCGAACGGAGCUGGGUUACUGUGGAAGGAAUUGGUGUUUUCAUCUCUGUCCUCCACCCGGCUGAGCUGGAGCUCGCCGCCGUUGCAUUUCACAGCCUGGCACAUUAAUGGAAACAGAAGUUAAUGGUGGCCCAAGGUAUUGGUGGGGUUAGAAGAUUUGAGGCACAACUGAAUAAAACAAAGACUGAAAAUUGAAGGAUGGCAGCAAAUCCUACAGGACAGGGUUUCCAGAAUAAAAACAGGGUUGCGAUCCUGGCAGAACUUGACAAGGAGAAGAGAAAGUUACUUAUGCAAAACCAGUCUUCCACAAAUCACCCUGGAGCCAGGUUUUGCAGCAUUGCACUUACAAGAUCAUCACUGAACAAGGAUUUCCGUGAUCAUGCCGAGCAACAGCACAUUGCAGCACAGCAGAAGGCUGCACUGCAGCACGCACAUGCACAUUCCUCAGGAUACUUCAUAACUCAAGACUCUGCAUUUGGAAAUCUUAUUCUUCCUGUCUUGCCUCGACUUGAGGCAGAAUGACAAAUGUUGUUUUUCAGAACUGCAAGGACUGAUUUUCGUCCAUAGCAGGGACUGCCUGACCUUUUAGUUUCUUUACUUGCCCUAAAACCUAUUUUAUUUCUGGAUUUUUUUAUGCUUGCUUUUUUGGGAGUGUGGACUCUAAAUGAUGAAGAAGCAAUGCUGUUGAAGAUAGGUUUGUUU